UUCCAAUGGAGAUAUUGCAGCCCAAUCUGAAAGAGAGACUUGAAAGGGAAAUCAACAAGGAUGCUAAAUCUAGGUUCACUUGGGUCCAAUUCCACGCUGUAGGCUCUACAUCUGAGAUGGAAGGCACCUCUCUUGAAGAGCUUGAACUCAAUAAUUUCGAACCGAGUGAGAGGUCUUGGGAAUGAGGGCUCUAUAGUGAGUUCCCACAAGAAGUCUGAAUCAGACUUAAUUUCAGAGCCGAAAUUGCCCAUGUUAUUCUAAUGGCAAAGGAGGACCGUUUCAUUCCUGAAUGUGAGAUUCAUAUAGGUGAUGGUAUCUCUGGUUCAUUUGUUGAUGCGGAGUACAGAAUAGGUGGAGUCGGUGAACAAAUUACUAAUACUCCUAAUCAAAUCAAUACUUUUGGAAUUGGGAGUUAUAUCAAGAUUGUAUUUACUAGACAACCAUCAAAGACCAUCAAAAAUCCUGGAGGCCAAGUCGGGCUUUCCCUCCUACGUGUCUGGGGUCAGCCUCUUGGCUACAACAAGGGUCUUACCAACGAAGCGCAUCCUCUUCAAGGUCAGACUGAGACUGUCGAUAAGGUACUAAUUGAGAUGGGAAUUCCUCUGAACAACAUAAAAUGGACAAAUGAAGAUCCUGAGAACUACAGUUACGCACCAGUGGAUGAAGACACUCGAGUAACACUAAUAGACAUGGAGAAACUUAAAGACAAGGCUCAUCAGACUGAAGACUAUGAGAUGCUCCAUCAGUUAACCAGAGAUUUAAAAAUAGUCUAUGACCUAGGAAACGAAAUCCUAAACCUUAAAAGAGACCUUGAGUUUGCCUCUGCAAAGGAAGAUUUCAACAAAGCAAUAGAAAUCAGAAACCGGUUAAAGCAGCUUGAGCAAGAGAGAGAUAGGUAUGAUGCCCUCUACGAGACUUCACGGUAUGAAGACAUGAUCGUCAUGGCUAGGCCCACCAGUGCUCAGAGAAGGCUUGCCAAGAAGCUUGAAGACGAAGAAAGAGCCAGACUCGAAGCCCUCAGAAGACAGAAAGAAAGAGAAGCUGAAGAAGAGCGCCUCAGAAGACUUAGGGAGGAAGAAGAAAAAGAACGUCUUAGGAAGGAAGAAGAGGAUAGGAAGAGACGCCAAAAUACAACGAUGAAGACCGUGAAGAAAACAAGGUUCAACACAGUUAAGCAAACUAAAACCGUGGAAGUCGCAAGAGAUCCUCUUGAAUAUAACGAGGGAGAUGACGAUAUUGAUCCAUAUUUGAACCCGAAGUUGAUAGAAGCAGGAGGUAAAGUCAUUGACCUAGAAAAUUCUGUACUCAAAAGAGCCCUCCAUAGCGGAACACUUCUGGUAACGGGAGUAAAGCUCUGGAGUGCACUUCAUAGUGAGUCCUGGAGACAUAGAGAUGCUGCAACCCGAGCAUUUCUUGAAUAUAUUCAAGCUCCGAUGAAGCCAAAAUAUUUUGGAAAGACAAAGAAAUUGUUCAGAGCUGCUAUUGAUGUUGCAAGAGAAGCUUGCCUAGACAAGUUACCACAGAUUUAUCAUACAGGAUUAGAUAUUCUGAAAACAGCGCUGAACGAGCCUAUAUGUGGAGAAGACGUUAAGCCAAAGGAAAUCAAUUUAGCUAUUAAAUCAUUCGUACCAAAUCUGAUCCAGAAAAUCAGUGAGCUGAAUUACAAAGUAAAGGAUCAAUCAAUGAUCGCUUUGGUAAAACUCUUCGAGCAGCAUCAUGCUAAUAUUGGAAUUCUGAUUGAUAACCUUAUGGACAUCACAGAGAAAGAUCCUCUUCCUGACAAAGCGCCAUGGAGAAUCAUCCGAGCAAGACUUGACAUCCUCGAAAUUCUCCUUCAAGAAUUUGGAAUUAACGAAGACGUCUGGGACUGGGCUAUUGUGUAUGAAAAGUUAGUGAUUCCUUCCUUCUUCAAUCAGAGCAGAGAUGUCAGAGAAUCUGCUAAGGCAGUAGCAACAGAACUUUAUAGAAUUAUUGGAAAGCCUAUCAGAGAUAUCACAAAUGAAGUGACAAAUAUGAAACCAAGUCUUUUAACUUCUCUCAAUCAAAACUUUGAUGCUGAAGAUGAUCUUAAAGGAGGAAAAUACUAUCAAGGCAGCGAUUUGAAUCAAAUAGCAGAAGUUGAUGAGGUACCUGAAAAUGCAGACAAUAACUAAUUUUCAAUAGUUUCUCAUAUUA